UUUAAGAUAAAUUAUAUAUCGAACAGAAGUUUUGUAUGAGUUGCUUUCGUAAAUCACUUGCGUGCAUGUGUAUAUUGACAGACGGCGUUUCUUAUACAUAAGUUUUGCUUAUAUAGAAGUUUAGCUCGUUUACUUUAGUUUUUAUAUAUAAAUAUAUAAGCUAUAGUUAUCGUCGUUAGUUUAAAGCGAUUUGUCAAGAAGGAAAAAGAUACGAUAUCCUCAAAUUAUUUUUCCUAGUGAAUAAAUUAUUGAAGAAAUAUUUAUCAGCCAAAAUUUUCGGCAAACAUAACUGAGCAUCUUACAGAAAAAAUUAUAUAAAUAUCACUUUCAGAUAUUAAGUUAUACAGUAAGUUGUUUCAAUAUUAUUUAGAAAGAAACAUAAAUAAUAAACGUUUUAUCUAGCACUUGAUAAUAGUAUCAGCGCAAUCAUUAAGAAUACAAUUAUGUCAACAAAAUGAAUUCUUUCUGUAAAUAUCGACACAUAUGUAUAAUCUAUUAUUAUAUCACAACUGAGGGACGAGCAUAUCACAGAAUACAACUGUGACCUAUUCUUCCUUCCAUCAAAAUUGCGUUUCAAUUCGCAAUAUACUUCGUAAUAUACUUUUGUGAUAACGCAAGUAAGUAUUGCAUUAUUUAUAAGUGAAUUGGAAUAUAAUUGCACAAUCUGCGCUAGGGUUAUCACUCGUAAGCACUGCUAAAAAUCAGAAUUAAAAUUGUGAAAGUAAUAUUCAAGAAUUAGUUAAUGUUAACUCUAACGUAACAUCUUUAAUUAUUACUUUAUUAUUUCUCACGAGAGAUUAUUGCAUUUUAUUUAAGAUAUUAUAUUUAUUGUACAUAACGUAGUUAAUAAUUAAAAUUUUAUUAUUUCAACAUCACAAAAUAUGUAAUCGAUAGAAAGCUUAUAGUAUAUCCCUAACAUUUUCUAUUCUACAAAAAUAUUUUUCAAGGAAUCUCUUUAAAUAUAUAAUUUUGUUUUGUUUUUUAUCAGCUUAAUUUUAACUUUCCAAUAUUAGGAGAACGGUGAGAAAAUGAUAUUUGUUUAGCUAGAGGAGAACGUAUAGUAUUACACAUCACCGAUAUACCUAUACUUUCCUUAACAGAUGUCGACCAUCUAAACUUCAAAACUUUCCCUUUUUCUUUCUUCCUUCUUACCUAAAAUUGCACAUUAGGGGAAGAUAUCGUUACAUGUAUUUAAUGUAACAUAUUAUUUUACUUAGACAGGGAAUAAUUGUUUUUGUGCAGAUAUAAUUGGAGACGAAAAUGAGGUCCGUAGUAUUUCUUGGAGUCGUUCUGAUAUUUACCGUCACGGUCGCUAACGAGAAUAGAAUAUAUUCCAAGAAAAUAAAUUGCUCGUCUGUUUCUGAGAAUUUAAAUAUCUCUGAAGUAAUGCCAAUAAAAUAUGAUGCUAGAAUCAUAGUAAAACCAGAUCAAAGAAUAUUGUCAGGCAUCAUGAAUAUCUUGAUUGACGUCAAGAAAUCAGUGUGGAACAUAAGCUUAUGCUAUGCACUAACGCCACCUGCCUAUGAUAUUUUUCUUUUAUACGCCACGAAUGUUACGAUAUUUGAUUCAUUUUUAAAAGCUGAAUUGGGACGUACACGUUAUAAAUUUUCCGAGUUCCAAUAUUGUGACAACAAGAAUCUUAUAAUUUUGAAGUUUAAUGAAAUACUAAGUAAAGGAAAAUAUCUGUUAACACUAGUUUAUAGGUCCAUUAUAAAUCAUAAUAUCCAGGAUAUCUUUUAUCCAACUUGGAGUAGCAGAAAUCAAAAAUGGUUGCUGACGAAUCUCUACACACCGCACGCGAUACGCGCAUUCUUUCCAUGCUGGGAUGAUCCGAGAGUAAAAACAACUUACAACAUAUCCGUUCUGUUUCCUGCAGAUUACACAGUUCUUUCAACAAUGUCCGAAAACUAUUCUUUCUAUGUAGAGCCAGCGAAUAUACACUUUGGCAUAAAAUUGAUGCAGUUCAAAGAAUUCGUUUCGAUGCCCACUCAUCUGAUAGCAUUUUUGAUAGUCGGUGAUAUCACGAUGGAUUUUGAUAAACGGGAUAUCCAUUAUAUGUGGCACAAAACAGACGCGGGUAAAAGAUUCACUUAUUUGCUAGAAAUGGCAGAUAAUGCAACAUGUUAUUUUGUUACUCACAUGAAAAUGAACGCAUCGUCAUUCUCUCCUAAAAUUAACCAUGUCGUACUUCCAAAUAGUCCUAUGAAAUCUCUGGGUGCACCCGGUCUUGUUGUUUACAGGGAAAGAGACAUUACGUUCGAUGAAGUUUUAGAUUUUCCGUGCAGGGAUUUGGAUGUUAUAACGUUAGUAACAUACGAAAUGGCACGACAGUUGUUCGUAGGUGUUGCCAGCCCGCAUUUAGAUACUGAUUAUAUAUGGGAAUCAAAUCGAUUAAUGGAACUGUUUGUAGUUAAAAUUAUACAGCCCACUCUAAACAGUGAUAUGUUCUUAGAAAAGGAACCUAUUAUAAGCGAGGCUAAGAACAGAAAUGGAAUUGAUGGAUUACUUUAUCCUCUUCUCUAUCAUAAGAAAGCAUUUGCUCUAAUUCGCAUGCUGUCUCAAAUUUACUGUCCCGAAGUUUUCAAGGAGGCUAUCAGGAAAUAUGUAAGCGAACGUACAAAGAAUAUAUGGAGUAUAUUGGAAGAAGCUUAUCCUAUGCGAAAUAUGGCCCACGAUACAAGCGAUACGAUAAAAGAAGUCAUGAAUACAUGGUUAACGAAAACACACUACGCCGAGCUGUUUGUCGAACGUUAUUAUGACAAACGGCGACCUAUGACUUAUCUCUCAUUGUAUGCACGGAUUAAUCAUAAUGAAUGGAUAAUACCUGUCAAUUAUUUUACGAAAAUGACUUACAUGUCUUCCAAUACCUUGGAUGUUGUGUGGCAUGAUUGGUGUUACUUGAAUAGUACCCUAAAGGCAGGAUAUGAUGAUAUGCAGAUAUCUAUAAAUAAUUUCCUCAUAGUCAACGUAGAACAAUCAGGUUACUACCGUGUUAACUACGACGACAGGAACUGGAUGCUACUAGCGACGCACAUGCAAAAAAACAAUACCCCACACAUACCUCCCCUUACUCGUGCUCAACUGGUAAAUGAUGCGUAUUACUUUACAAUAGGAAGAAAUAUCAAUACUUCUAUCUUCGUCGAAGUCACUAAGCAUCUAGAGAGGGAUACAGAUUUUAUCGCAUGGUACCCUAUGUUUAACAUUUUGUUGGAUAUAUCACCUUACUUUAAGUUCUUUGAAAGUAAUUAUAUUAAGGAACACUUUUCCAUAAUCCUGGAUAGAGUACUUCUCACAAUAGGAUACGAAGAGAAUUCGAGUGAUGAUCCCAUGAGAAAAUCGCUAAGAUAUUUAGUACGGAUGUGGGCCUGUAAACUUAACCAUCCUGUGUGUAUAAAUACCGCAUCCCAUCGUUUAAUAGAUUAUUAUAUAGAUAAUCUGGAAGGACUGAACAAACUUUGGAUAAUGACGAAAGAAUGGAUACUUUGUGAUGGAUCGAAGUUAGAACAUUUAGAUGAUUGGAAAAUUAUUUUGAAUAAAAGUAUGAUAUAUAAUAAUACAGAGCUCUUAGAGUAUUUGUCAUGUACUGAAAAUACUUCGAUCAUCAUAUAUUACUUAAAUUUGAUGCUACGGACAGAUUAUUUCUCGAGACUAGAACAAUCUAUGGGACCAAUAUUUCGUAAGAUUGUGCGAAAACAUGUUAGGAAAAGUAUUGUGUUACAUUAUGUGCUGAAUAAUUAUCGUGCAAUAGUAAGCAGGUUUCCAGAGGAUUUCCCAACUAGCAUUUUAAUAAGUGAUAUGAUUAUGAAUGUGUAUUCAUUAAACGACCUCUACAUUAUACGAGAACAUACUCGCAAAUUGUUCCUUUCGGAUGCGGAAGUUAUUUCACAUUCUUCAGAUCUUCUGCAAUCAAACGACGAGCUGACUCUCCACCGGCAAAGAUAUCUAGGAAAAGUGCAGGACAAGUUUGAAAAGUUUUGUCAAAUAUGCGAAUAAUCGAACUGAAAAUGUUUAAAAGAGAUCGACAUUAUAAUCUCCCGGAUCAAAUCAAUAUUAUAUAGAAUAAUCAAAAUAAUCACCGAAUGAUGUUACAUACUAUAUUGCUGUUAUUAUUAAGAAUGCUUUUCCAAAAUGAUAAACAUUUUUUAAUUUUUUAAGAAUUCUAACAUGUGGUAUAUGCUACAUCAUAUAAUACUAAACAUUUUGAUAAGACUUAUAUCUGACAUGAAAAAAGAAAUCUUUUUUCAUGUCAGAUAUAGGUCUUAUCAAAAUUCAAAAUUUAUUCAUUUAUUAUUUACGUAAUAUAUGAAAGAUCAUUCAUUAGAUAUGUUGAGGGAAAUUUAUCUUGAAAAGAGUAGAUAUGUUAAUGAAUAAAUGAAAAUUAUGAUAAAAAGGAGCUGGAACAUACGCGCUUUGUAACUGUAACAUUAUGUAUAUAUAUUAAUAUUUUUUUUUUUGUUAUCAUAACUUAAUAAAUUUUUCUGCAGUAGCUCUUA